CUCAUCUGUGCUCAGUUUUCUCGCAAACAUCAUCUCUGUUUCUCUCAGGAUUCUCUUGCGUUUGCUAUUUUUCUGUGUGGCUAAGCAUCUUAGGAUCAGGUUUGAGUUAAUUGUGCUAGCCAUCUUUCUCUGAGCCUCUAAGCAUAAUGGCUGAACUCGUCCUUCACUUCGUCACCCCAAUCAUAGAGAAUGCUGUUUCUAAAGCAAUUUCACUUGCUGCUGCACAAAUCAGCAUGGCAUGGGGUCUGGAGAAGGAGCUGACGGAGCUCACUCAAACACUGAGUAUGAUCCAAGGAUUGCUUCAAGAUGCUGAAGGGAGGCAAGAAAGCAAUCCAGCCAUAUGGAAUUGGUUACAGCAGCUCAGAGAUGUAGCUUAUGAUGCAGUGGAUGUACUGGAUGAGUACGGUUAUGAGGUUCUUAAGCACAAAGUUCAGACUCAACGCCGAAAGAGGAAACAGGUGCGCACCUUCUUUGCUCUUUUCAAUCGCAUUGCCUUUCGUCUUAGCAUGGCUGAUAAGAUUAGGGAGAUUAAUAGGACUCUGGUUAAAAUCAACAACCAUGGGGUUUCAGAUUUGCUGAUCAAAUUUAGUGACCAAAGUCAUUCCACUGCUGGUGCAAGGCCAUAUCCUAGGACAGAUUCCAUCCUUGAUUGUUUAAAAUUUGUAGGAAGGGAUAAUGAUGUCUUAGAAAUUGUCAACAAGCUGGAGAACAUAAGGAGUCAACAUCUCCUCUCUGGCAUUUCAAUAGUAGGCUUGGGGGGCAUAGGCAAGACAACAUUAGCAAAAUCAAUAUGCAGUAUGGUAAAAGAACAAAAGUUGUAUGAUCUGGUGGCUUGGGUUUGUGUGUCCGAGGAAUUUGAUGAGAAAACAAUAUUGGGAGAUAUGUUAGAAUACCUUGAUGGCUUUGCUGGUCAAAUGAAUAAUAUAGACGCACUUAUUCAGAAGCUUGGGCAGAAGUUAGAAAAUAGAACAUUUCUUUUAGUUCUUGAUGAUAUGUGGAAUGAUGAUAGAGACAAGUGGGAUAGUUUUAAAUCUCGUUUGUUAAAAAUUUUAAAAACCAGUGGAAACUCCAUUCUUGUGACUACUCGUAGUGAUACGGUAGCAUCCAUAAUGGAGGCACUUCCAAUGCAAAAACAUGAUAUGGUAAAGCUAUCAGAUCAUGAAUGUUGGUUGAUAAUUGAGGGCAUAGUUCUCAGAUCAUCAACAGAAACUUCAAUACCUUUGGAUUUAGAAGGUAUUGGACAAGAAAUUGCCAAAAAAUGUGGUGGGUUGCCAUUAGUUGCAAGUGUAAUUGGAGGAGCACUGAGUCAUGAAAUGAAGACAGAUAAGUGGCAAGAGAUCCUAGAUGAUGAAGCAUGGAUUUUGCAAGAUGAAAAUAAGAAGAUUUUAUCUAUAUUGAAAAUUAGUUUCGAUCGUUUUCCUUCAUCCUUAAAAACGUGCUUCUCUUAUUGUUCAAUUUUUCCAAAGGAUGCUGUCAUUUUCAAAGAUGAUUUAAUUCAACUUUGGAUGGCUCAAGGGUUUCUUCACAAUUCUAAUGGAAGCCUUGUGGAAAUGGAGGAUAUUGGUAAUGAGUAUUUCAAUGAGUUGUUAUCUAAUUCUUUACUUCAAGAUAUUAAAUGGGAUCUUUAUGGGAAUAUUGAAUCUUGCAAAAUGCAUGAUGUAGUGCAUGAUCUUGCAUUGCUUGUGUCAAAAGGUGAGACUUUGGUUUGGGACACUAGUUGCAAUUUUGAUGUUCAGAAUUGUAGUACUAUUCGACAUUUGAGAGUCCAGUCCAAUGGAAAGGAUCUUCCAACCAUUCCAAGAAGUGUUGCUCAAAGGUUGCAUUCUUUGUUUUCAGAUGUUGAUGUUUUUUGUAGCAUGGCAUCAGAUCUCAAAAGCUUGCGAUCCUUGAAAUUAAUGGCAGAUCAGAAUAAGAAGUUGCCGACUUCUCUCGGCAAAUUGAAACAUUUGAAGUACCUUGAUAUCUCAAGAGCUUAUGUAACAGUAGCACCAAAAACCUUCUCUAAGCUCUAUAAUUUGCAAACUUCAAAAUUUCUCGAUUGUGGUCCCAAUGGCAUAGCAAAUCUCAUCAGCUGGAGGCAUAUCUAUUCUAUUCAUCCAUAUGAUAUAUCUAUCAUGCAGUUAACCUCCCUUCGAACAUUAUCACACUUUGUUGUCGGCACAAAAAGGGGAUUCCAGAUUGAAGACCUUGGAUGCUUAAGCCAACUUGGAGGAAAACUAGGGAUUUUGAAGCUUGAACAUGUAAGAUCCAAAUUAGAAGCCUCUAAAGCAAACCUGAAAGAAAAGACCAAAUUGCAUCAAUUGGCAUUACAUUGGAGUAGUGGCGAUGAAAGAGCAGUCAACAACAACAAUGAUGAAGAGGUUCUAAAAGGCCUUCAACCUCAUUCAACUUUGAAAAGCCUCACUAUUAAUGGUUAUAAAGGAAAGAUGUUCCCAUCUUGGAUGGGGAAUGAUAUCAAUAGUUCUGGUCCUUCAUUCCUUCUUUACAACAUGGUGGAGUUGCA